GUGACAAAAGUAUGGACUCAAAGCGACUCCUGGUAAAUACGAAUAAACGAAACACAGAUCUCACCCAAAGCAUCGAGGACGACCCUUUGAUUGAUGGGCCGCUCAUAUCCAGGAACGCUUUGGAGUCGACCAUCAAGAAAGAGUUUCAGAAACUACCCACUACGUGGGGAGCCGUUUUACUGACCGUGUUACAUGUGGCGUAUGUGAGCGUGUGCACGGCCCUGGCUGCGGUGUGUUGGUUAACCGACGCUCACUCUGCGGAGUGCACAGCCGCAUUAAGCGGGGUGGAGUCGAGGACCCUGGUGUUGCUCUUGAAGGUGGGCCUAUGGAUACUGGUCUUUUUCUUUGAGAGAUGUGUGCAGUAUCACCACAGCGCAGUGAGGCAGAGAGGAUACCUGCAGUUUUACAGAAAAACCGCGAAGCUCAAGCACCUGCCAUUACUCGUACACUCAGCAGGUAACGCUGCAGUGCUGAUGGUAAUCGCGCUCUCCUCUAUGUUGGAUAACAAAGUGAAGAAUCUUUCCGUGUAUCUGCUGCUCGGCAUCAUCUGCGUGGAACUAGUUGCAUCCGUUAUAUGUCUUCUGAUGUAUGCAGUGCGCGUGUUAAGGUUUAACAGGGAAAGCUUGAGACCAGAUGUCACCGAAGACGAGAGAUCUUGCACCUACUCCGCCACUGCCAGCGACACGCACACGGAGAUGGGCUUCAGAGAUGGCUCCAAUCUGGAAGAUGUGGUGGAGAAACAAGCUGACCUGAUCGAGUAUCUGAAGCAGCACAACACGCUGCUGAGCAAAAGAAUCCUCACGCUCCUAUCACAACAGACCAGAAACUGAAAGAAGAAAAGAUUCCAGUAUUUGACUUGGGGUUUCAGCGCACGUGUCUGUCUGUGUGUUCGCUUGCUGACUGACAGCAGUGGCCGCGGUCGACUAAUCACAAAGGUUUUAACGGCAAAAGAGCCUCCUCUCCUUAACAUUGUUUUCAUGCCUCCCCGGUAACCGGUCCUGUAAGAUAAAGGAUACCAUAUGGAAUUAAUAGGAAGGGGGGGAAACAACCUUUCAGUGAUCAAACCACCAGCUGUAAACACAAGUUGAUUGAGGAAGGAGAAGAAUUUGGUGAAUAGGAUUUAAUAUAAUGAGAGAUCUGUGGAGAAUUUUUGAUUCUGAAUUGCACUGAAGAAUAAGUUUAAUUCUUUCUUUAAUAACUUCAUUGAAGUCUGACUGGGAUUGAUACUCUUGUUUUUGUGGCUAAUAUUUCAUGCAAAGUGUUUUGUACAUAUUUUCUUUUUAUUUAAGUUCUGUUUUUUUUUUUCUCUCCAUAAUAAUAAAAUUUGUAUUGAAUG